UACCAUAUUUUUAGAAGCCUCCAAGAUGGAUGUUGGGUCAUCACGCCAUCGUUUUCUCUGUACUAUAUCCAAUUAGUGUUAGCCUAACACUAAUUGGAUCAACACUGUUAGGUAGAGUCCGCAUUCGAGUUUGGUAACCCAACUUAAAACAGAACAAAUUGCUUUAUGCAUGCCUUAUAUAUAUGUAUAUAUUUCCCAAAUCCGUGGAGAAUUGAUCAGGGAUAGAGCAGAUUGAGCUGGUGGCAGAUCAUAAGGGAAUUUUGAUUCUUGACUCUGUUUAAAAUGGAUAGAAAUGGAGUAACUGAAGGAGAAUUGGAGGGGAGAGGGAUGAACAAAUGUGUCGAACAAGUAUCACACCUGGCUCUUGAUAUCGGAGGCUCCCUCAUCAAGAUGGUGUACUUCUGCGGAGAAAAUAGUGGCUCAGAGCAUCAACAGGGAAUUUUGUCUUCAAAGGAAAGUUGUGGACUUUCUAAUGGAAAUACAAAUUGCUCAGUCCUCAGAGGAAAGCUUCACUUUCGGAAGUUUGAAACAAGCAAGAUCAAUGAGUGCCUAGAAUUUAUGUCUUCCAAGCAAUUUCAUCGGAAUGGUGAGGAUUGUCAUGGGGCUUCUGUAAGUGAGAAGAAUAUCAUAAAGGCUACAGGAGGUGGGGCUUUUAAGUUUGCUGAUCUCUUCAAAGAAAAGCUUGGAAUGACUCUGGACAAGGUUGAUGAAAUGAAUUCUCUUGUUGCUGGUGCAAAUUUUUUGCUUAAGGCAGCCAGCCUUGAAGCUUAUACAUACAUGGAUGGUCAGAAGGAGUACGUGCAGAUUGAUCAGAAUGAUUUAUACCCUUAUCUCCUUGUCAAUAUUGGGUCCGGUGUUAGCAUGAUCAAGGUUGAUGGAGAUGGGAAAUUUGAGCGAGUUAGUGGAACUAGUGUUGGAGGUGGCACCUUCUGGGGGCUGGGAAAACUUUUGACGAAGUGCAAGAGCUUUGAUGAAUUGCUGGGGUUGAGUUAUUCUGGUAACAACCGAGUAAUAGAUAUGCUUGUUGGAGACAUCUAUGGUGGAAUGGACUAUUCCAAGAUUGGACUUUCUUCCACAGCAAUUGCUUCUAGCUUUGGAAAGGCAGUUUCCGAAGAUAAAGACCUUGAAGAGUACAAACCUGAAGAUGUGGCACGGUCUCUCUUGAGAAUGAUUUCAAACAAUAUUGGACAGAUUGCUUACUUGAAUGCUCUUCGUUUUGGACUGAAGCGAAUAUUUUUCGGUGGGUUUUUCAUUCGGGGUCAUGCUUACACGAUGGACACAAUUUCUGUGGGAGUCAAUUUCUGGUCCAACGGUGAGGCAAAAGCAAUGUUUUUGAGACACGAGGGUUUUCUUGGAGCUUUGGGAGCAUUUAUGAGUCAUAGGAAGGACGGUUUUGCUGAUUUGAAGGCCCAUCAUUUAGUGGAACAAGUCCCAACGAAACCUUCACGGAAUGCUGGAGGCUGCCUAAACAACAGUUCAGUACUCAAAGAUGUAAAUGAGAACAUUAGUAUAGAAUGCACCAUGCAACUGAGCAAUUGAGUUGUUAGGGCAGUUUCUGGAAAGUGGUACGCUGGAGGCGGCCUAAACAACAGGUCAAUACUCAAAAGAUGUAAAUGUGAACAUUAGUAUAGAAUGCACUGUGCAACUGAGCAAUUGAGUUGUUAGAGCAAUUUCUGAUGUACCCAAACAAAAAAAGGUAAAAAAGGAAGGCAAUUGUCGUUGCUUGAUUAGUCCAU